AUGAUUUCAUUUGAAGUCGAUGAAGUUUUGUUCAGAACGUACGUGUUUUACACGGCCAUAUUAGUGCUGAAAGUACUCGCAAUGGCCCCACUGACGGCCAAACAACGUUUCGCGAAAAUGGUAUUUGCUAACCCUGAAGAUGCAAAAAUGAAUCCAAAAUCUAAAGUGAAGUAUGAUGAUGCUGAUAUUGAAAGAGUCAGAAGGGCUCAUCUCAAUGAUUUAGAAAAUAUUCCACUAUUUAUUAUUGUAUGUUUUGGAUACUUAUUAACGAUUCCAAAUGUAUAUAUUGCUACCAAUUUAAUAAGAUUAUUUGUAGCAAGUAGAAUAAUUCAUACAAUAGUUUAUGCUGUGGUUGUUUUACCACAACCGGCUAGAGGUUUAUCAUGGUUUGCUGGAUUCGCAACAACCUUGUAUAUGGCUGUUCAAGUUAUUUUAAGUUUUGUUUAA